UUCUAGCGAUUUGCAAUUACAUAAAAACUGUUGCGGAAGUUCUCUCUCUGCAAUUUUCACGCGCCGAUGAAAAUUCGCAAAAGAUCUGUAUUAAAUCAUCAAUAUAAAUAGCGAAUAACGGUACAAUGAGCCCAGCUGUUUGAAAGCCGCAGCAAUCAACAAUCAAAAGUAUAAAACAGCACGCACCAAAUCACACAACAACAACAGCAUUGCGCAUAAUUAAUAUGUACGAGAAAACAUUAAACAUAGGAACUGCAAAAGUUAAUAAUGCAUAUGAAUGGCAAACAGUGAGAUACAACAACAAGCCCCAAACAACAACAAUAACAGCAGCAGUAAAAGUGAAGAAACAACAACCACAAAAGCAAAAAAAUGCCACAAAAGCCGCACCAGCAACAACAGUGCUACCGUUAACCGGCAAUAGCAUUACCGUUCAACAAGGGCCAAAAAUCAAAUUCGUUGGCAACGCGGCGCGCCGGCAAUCGUUGGCCCAUCAAAUUAAGCGAGCACAUCGGCAUUUACUGACCAGUCAGGACAAACCGCCGCAGCAAAAGCAAAAAACACAAGUGCUGUUGCAGACUGGCAAAACAGUUGCCAAACCGAAACAGAAGCAGAAACAAUUGUUGAAAAGUGAUAAGGCGAGAGAAAAGCAGAAGCAGCACCAUCACCAAAGAAAGUCAGCCGCCAACAGGAACACUCGCAACCGCAGGCCGCAAUCGGAAUCUUCGGGCCUCUCUUCCCGCUGGUGUUCCAUCGAGGAGCAGCUGAACCUGCUGGACGACCUGCUCUACUACUGCGAUGAGGAGGCUGAGCUGUAUCUAGCCCAGCUCUACGAAAGGUUCGAGACCCUCCAGGGGAGCAGUAGGGGCUCCUCGCCGGCCAGCGACUUCUGGAGCGAUUCGGACAUGGAUCACGACGACUCCAGCACCAGUGGCACUGGCAGCCAUACAGCCAGCAAUGCCAGCCUAGUUCCCGCCUCGCUAAAGCGACGUGGCCACCAGCAUCAUCCGCGUUUCUCGGGCACCCGCCGGCCCAAUGUGCCCAAUGUCCAGGAGAUACUAGCCGCCCUCUACCGCGGCGACUCCAAGAGUGCUCUCUCCAAUCUCAGGGGUGAGACGCAGCCCGACGAAGAGCAACAGCAGCCGGAGGAGGUGCUGCCGCCUAGCAGAAACACUUUGAGCCUGCCCCUCAGCGAAUCGGUAACGAAUUCCCUGGGCAGCAACAGUCCCACGCCCACGGACGAGAGCAGUGUGCAAGACGAGGUUGCCAGCAACCCGCCAGCAGCUUCAACCGGAGAAGGAGCAGUUCCUCCGGCAGUCACAACCACCUCCAAGAGCAAGAAAAAGAAGCGGGAGAAGGGUGAAAAGUCGGAGAAGUCCGAGAAGUCCGAGAAAUCCGACCGCAAAAAGAAGUCAUCUGGCAAAAAGGAGCGCAGCAAGCGUUCCAAUCCCAUGGAGCUGAGCAGCGACAGCCUGGCCACCGAUCUCAGUGCCGGGGCCAUCGACGAGGGCAUCGCCCUAGCGGAUGACGACGACAACCAGGCGGCGGAGUGGUCUAAGCUACGUUGCACCAGCGAGGCGGCCGAAAUUGUGGCGGAACGGGAGGCCAGCCGGAACAAGAGACGCUGUGCGGAUUAUCCGGGACUGGCAUUUGGCAAGUCCAUCUUCAGUUCGGACACCAUGAUGAAGUUCAACAUCAUUCGGAACGAGCUGCACAACAUCAUGAACACACAACUGAAAAGGGCCGAAUCCGAGGUUGCCGCUCUGAACCGUCGCAUCCAGUUGCUCGAAGAAGACUUGGAGCGCUCUGAGGAGCGUCUGGGCUCCGCCACAGCCAAGCUGUCGGAAGCCUCUCAGGCCGCCGAUGAGAGCGAACGGAUACGAAAAGCGCUUGAGAAUCGCACAAAUAUGGAAGAUGACAAAGUAGCUCUUUUGGAGAACCAAUUAGCACAAGCAAAAUUAAUUGCAGAAGAAGCCGAUAAGAAAUACGAAGAGGUUGCCAGAAAACUCGUGCUCAUGGAACAGGAUCUGGAGCGUUCCGAGGAGAAGGUCGAGCUCAGCGAAAGCAAAAUUGUGGAGCUUGAGGAGGAGCUGCGCGUGGUUGGUAACAACCUGAAGUCCCUUGAAGUCUCUGAGGAGAAGGCCAACCAACGUGAGGAGGAGUACAAGAACCAAAUCAAGACCCUGAACACUCGUCUAAAGGAGGCUGAGGCUCGUGCUGAGUUCGCUGAACGUUCCGUUCAGAAGUUGCAGAAGGAAGUCGACAGGCUCGAAGAUGACCUGCUCAACGUGCGGGGCAAGAACAAACUGUUGCAGGAGGAAAUGGAGGCCACCUUACAUGACAUACAGAACAUGUAAACAUCUAAUUUGCUUAUGUAAAUUAACUAAACUGCCUGCUUUGACGUCAAACAAAACCCCACGCACACAAACUGGCGCUUUCCAUAUUUAAAUACUAGAGAACACAUCUCCACACCCACGCCACGCCCACCACCCACACGAGACAAUCCAAGGACGCCAAGUGUCUUCCAUGCGGAUGCGAAAGCCAUCUUUGAACGCUAAGCAACGGGAGAGUUAAUCAAAAAUAGCGUUAAACACACACUAAACAUAAACAUAAACUCAAUGAAAAGCAGAUGGAAGGGCAGAACCGAACCUAAAGCAAAACAUUCUCGUAGCAAACGCAUUCCAAUUUACAAUUUCCAUUUCGAUGUAUCGAUUUCAAUUCGCAAAAUUCGAAUGGUUUACCGGCAGCUAUCGCCAUUUUACAACACUGCAAUAAUUGCAAUACAAUGUCGUUAAAUCAAAAUUUUAAUUAUACCUUAUACUUUGAUUUUACACUUGCUUUUGCUACCCCUUACCUUGUUUUGUUUUAAUUUAAAUCUUAAACUUAAAAGUAUUCUUGUACUUUUGUAUUUGACGAGAUGACAACUUGAACAACACACGCAUUGCCGCCUUCUUCUUAGUUUACGUGUAUUAAAAUAGAGAGACAAACAAUCGCUGUUAUUUAUAUUUAAAGAGUAAAUUCUAUGCUAAAACUUUGUAUUUUGUCGCCAGCUUAACUGUAUUAAUAAUAUGCUAAUGUUUACCUUGUUUAUACAUACAUAUUUAAACAAAUUGUCGUGUUUGCAAAACGUUGUGUAAUAUUUGCCUACUUUUAAGUUGCCGCCACGCCUACCAAACUACUACACGUACUACUACUACUCUUUCGAUAGAGAUUCCAAAACAAAGACAAAAGACAACUAGCUAGUGCACAUCAUUCCAAUUGCAAAUCGAUCACCGGUACCCGGUUACCGAUUCCGACAACUUUUAUUUGAAAAAUAAAACGAAAACCAAUUUCCCUAUACUAACCAAUCUUCUGAUUUUGAAAACAGUAACAUCCCCAAAUGAGAAGAAUGCUGCAACAAGAAGGGCAUUAAAAAUUCUAAUUUGAUCUAUUUACGAUUUACAUAAAUUAAUUAUUUAUAUUUUAAUAUAUACCUAUACAAUACAUAUACUAUACAAUACAUACCAUGCUGCUGCAAUUGCACAAAUAAAGUAUUUUUUCGAAAAACA